CCCCCCUCCCUAUACAUCCUCUGUUUCUCCAUUCUCUUGUUUCUUGGUCUGUCUGUCUACACUCAGACAGUGCUGUGUAUGAGAGAGAAGGCGAUGGAGGAAGAGGUGACCUACGCAGAUAUCAAAUUCUCUAAAAUCGCAGCAGAGGAGGUUACAGGAGUCCCCGAUUCAGCAGCAGCCAGCACCCCUCCAGCACACAGAGCAGUUCCACCAGUCCAGUCCAGUUCUCUUUCCAGUGUCACCAUUGCUCUGGGAGCUGCAGUGUGUGUCUUGCUCUUGGCAGUCAUCGGCAUGGGGAUAGCAAUUCUGCUAUGUCACAAUCACAGCAACCCUGAUGAUGCCAGGAAACCUCUCCAGCAGUGCGCCAGUGACCUCAGCAAGUUCAAGAAUGUCAUCAGGAAGACAUUCUGUGUGGAUCCUAACACUGGCAAGGAAGCAGAGCCAUGUGAACUCUGUCCGGAGGGGUGGAAGAAGGGAUAUAAUGGAAGCUGUUACUUCAUUUCCACACAAUAUGCUUCUUGGGACUUUGCUAACGAGUCCUGUUCCAAACUCGGGGCUCAUCUUGCUGUGAUUGAGGACAAGGAGGAACUGAAGACCAUGGACAGUGCUACAAGAGGUUCCUAUUACUGGAUUGGACUGAGUAGAAGAGAGGGAGACUGGAAAUGGCGGUGGGUUGAUAACACUCAGCUUGAUGAGAAGAAGGUUUCAUUUACACCAAACCAAUACCAGCAUUGUGCAUGCGUGUACUCUGGUUCUUUAAAUCCAGGGUAUUGUCGCUCAAUUUAUCAGUGGAUCUGUGAGCGGGAGGCUGUGCGUGUUUAAGUGGAUCCACAGACUCUCCAUGUCAGGAACAAAGAAGAUAUUACUGCAUAGGGCAAAAAAAAUAUAUAAUAAUAAUAAUAACUGAAUUAAUUAAAUGAUGCAAACACAUCGUAUAUACAUGGAUACUGUAUAAGUGUGUUGUAGGUUUGAUGGUAGGUUUGUAUUCAAAAGUAUUUUUAGAACAUUGCAAAAAUAAAUCUAGUAUUUCCUUUAGUGCAAAUGACAAAGAGGCUGUUUACCAGAAGUUAAUUGUAUCUUUUUUAUAUGUUUUAUAUUUCUCAUGCCACCGUUUUCCCAAAACAGUGUUAUUAUCAUAUUAAUAGCGUGUCUUUCAUUUAAUUGUUCUAAUGGUGAAGCUUUCCUACUUUUAUUUUUAUAAAGCUAGGAUGAGGUUUACUUUGCAUUGAUUGUGGAUUGUACAUAUUGUGAUAAAGCCCAUUAUAAUAGUUACACCUCCUUUAGGCUAUAGCCCCAGUUAAACACAACAUUGCUUUUCCAGCCACCACGAGAACAUAACUUAUGGGGCUAAUAGCCCAGCGUUGAGGUGCAACACACCGCUCUGGGUUCUCCUGCAGAUCUCCCUCGGGCCGGUCUUUCCCCCCUGAUCGUCAGCGGCACACCACGCUGUGCCAAGCACAGGAUUACUUACCAGCCUACUAAACUCCCAUUUUUAGCUGUGUAUUCUUUACUGCAUUCAUUGGUGUUUACCUUUGUAUUAAAUGCACAGGCGACGGGGGUGGUUCCUGCACCACUUAAUUAACCCCUUUUAGAUGUUUGUCACAACAUUUUUUUUUUGGUAUUACCUUUCAAAAUUACGGCAGAUGUGUAGCCAUGAUCUCGAUUAGCUGCAGCGUUUAUUUCAGACAAACAGUGCAUUAAGUUAUUACAUUGAAUUUAAGGGCACCAACCCAUCAUUUGGUUCGAACCCGAAUGGAACAAAAUGAGCCGUUCGGAACGGAAAAGAAUCCGGUUCUAAUCCCUGCAAUCAACAAGUCCUAGUCACCAAGUAUAUUUUAAGCAUGUACAUGCACUUUUCCUAAACACAAAAUAAAAUACAAACCAAACAAACACCUAGCCCUUCUUGGGCCCUUAACAAUUGUUUCCCUAAUUAAAUUAUUGGGACGGCUAAUCCGUUUUCCCAACAAAACCACACCUUUAAACUACCAGGCUGGGCAAAGCCUUCACUGGUUUUCUUUUACCUCUUGCUGUUGUAUUUGCUGUUGUUUGCCAGGCUAAGCAGAGCCUUCACUGGCUUUCUUCCUCUGGAGGACCUUUUUACUUGUUUUCAGCUCUUAAACAGUUGCAGAUUUGAAGUUAGCUAUAACAUUUUAUAAGUAACUUGAACUCUGCAACUGUGUAAGAGCUGAAAACAAGUAAAAAGGUCUAAUUAAGCAAAUUAUCAGUUCAAUGAAGGGUCUCGUUAAGUAAUUGAGAGCUCAGUUGGAAUGAAAACCAGCAGACAAAGUGGGGCCCCAGUACUAGGGUUGGGAAACCCUGCUCUGGAGCAUUCGCCUCACCACGCCCAACAACAGGGUUUCCCUGCCUUGCUUUUAUGCAGGGGUAAUUGCACACAGGUGUCUUAACCAACUAAUCAAUUUCCCAAUUAACAAUGAAACCAUUAACCCAUAACUAAUUAUCAAGUUGUUGUAAUCAAGGCCAUGUAGCUGCGCAAAGGUGGCCAUCUUGGCUGCAGGCUGUACCUUCACUCCUGAACCAGCCACAUGACCUUCACACAAAGAGACAGGACCCCCUGUCACAUAUAUAUGUGUGUGUGUGUGUGUGUUUGUGUCUGUCAUUUAUAAUACAUUUAAAUUUGUGUAUACCUGUAAAGUUUGGUUUUGUAUUGAAUUAGAUUUGUGUACAUAUUCCUAUCAGUCAAUAUGUAUCCAGUGCAUAUGCUUCAGAUUCAAGAUUGUAAAACAUUUAAUUAAUUUUUAUAGUGAUGUAAUAUGUGUUAUAAAGAUGUAUCACUGAAGCUGACAUAUUCAGGUAUUAAAUAUUGAAGUUAGAGUUUGUUUUACUUUGAAUAGUCCCCCGUGAAUAACGUGAACGCGGACUGCAGUGCGAUUUCACGUAAUGCACCCUGGAUUACAAAAUUAUUGAUUUUCCGUGGCAACAAGCCAAACUAGUAUUCAUAAGAACAAAUUCUAGUUUUUUAAACAUUCCACAAGGUGGCGCAGUGAGAUUUCUGAAUACCUAUGGUUUGUUUAUCUUGCUCAACCUGCUCUUAGGAAAAGCAAACCACUCAUUUUAGACAGUGAGGUGCUGUGGCUAUUAAAUUCCCGAGUUAAAAUGGAUACAUUUGUUUAGAGCAAACAUGUGUCUGGAGGUAAAAGCCAAUUGAGAAUUUGUUUUAAUUUAAUUUUUAUUUCUUUCAAUCAAUUUUAUUCAGAAUCAACACUAUUUGAAAGAAUAUGACAUUUGUGGUAAUUGAGCAAAAUACUUUCAAUAUUGUUCCUAGAUCCAGUAACUCACUUUCAAAGCAUUUCAUCCUCAUAGCAGUAAAGGUUUAAAACUGCAAAAUGCCAGUAUUUAUUUGAUUAUUUUACUUUUCUACCUGCUGACAGUGGCCUCAAAAUGUUGUUUUUGGAAUUAAUAAGUUACUAAAAGUUUCAAUAAAUGUUUUUGUUGUUUUCUGCUAUUUGUUUUAGCAUGUACUGUAAUAAACUUUGAAAACAGCCUUAUAAAAACAGAAAUCAACAAAGAAACAGGUUGGUUUUAACUUUUGAAAGGCUACCGCAGAAUUCAAGAAUUUCUGUUGCAGAAAUCACUGACCCUUGUCGCAGAAUUUGAAAAAAUUUGCUGCGCUUUUCACGGGGGACUAAUUGAAUGAAGAUUUUAUAAUUCAAGCAUUUUAAGAUUGGAUCCAAUACAAUGCAUUUAAAUUUUAAUUUUUGCAUUUUACUAUACAUAUAACUGUUAAUGGUUUAUUUUUGUAAUGCUCAGCUAACAUAUUCAUGUAAUAAAAUAAAGUGUGAGUUUGUUGUGC